UAUUUAAUUUUUCCAGUACCACUCGUUUAAACCCCAAAAACCCAAAGCCCGCCACUCUCCCACCAACAUGCCCCACCUCUCCCACCUUUUCCUCUGCCGCCGCUACCGCCUCAAGAACUUCUCCACCACCACCACCAACAGACCCGUGACUCGCACACCUCUCUACCUCCCUCUUUCUCACCCCACAUUCCUUAUCUGGGCCGCCAACACUUCCCUCGGUAAAACACUUGUCUCUGCCGGCCUUGCCGCCUCCUUUCUCCUCUCCGAAUCCUCUUCCGAUCCUCGAAAAUUCCUCUACCUCAAGCCUAUCCAGACCGGCUUCCCUUCCGACUCAGACUCUUCCUUCGUCUUCCGUAAGCUCUCCCACCUCUCUCUCCGCCGCCAGCAUUCCCCCCUCUUCUCCUCCAACCACGUCCUCAGAGCCUCCCUCCCCGCCGCUAAUUCUGUUUUGGGCUACGGGUGCGGUACGAGUUGCGAGCGUGGGAUGGGUAAUCUGGGGUGGUACGAGGAGAGGAGGGUCGAGGGGGAGGGGGGAAGCGGUGCGGUUUCUGAGUUGGUUUGCAAGACUUUGUACGCUUGGAGAGAGGCCGUAUCGCCGCACUUGGCAGCUGAGAGGGAGAGCGGGGUGGUGGAGGACGCUGUGGUAAUGGAUACGCUGCACAAGUGCUUGAGAGUUGAGUUGGAAGGUGGUGGAGAUGCGAGGAAGGAAAUGGAUGUUUUCUGCGUGGUUGAGAGUGCUGGCGGGGUUGCGAGUCCGGGGCCUUCCGGGUCGCUUCAAUGUGACUUGUAUAGGCCUUUGCGUUUACCUGCUAUUCUUGUUGGAGAUGGGCGGUUAGGUGGUAUUUCUGGAACCAUUUCAGCCUAUGAGAGUUUGAAACUUCGAGGUUAUGAUAUUGCUGCUGUUGUUUUCGAAGAUCAUGGCCUUGUAAAUGAGGUGCCAUUGUUGUCUUAUCUACGAAAUAGGGUGCCUGUACUUGUCCUGCCACCUGUUCCUGAAGAUCUGUCAAAUGACCUGAUGGAAUGGUUUGAAGAGUCUCGUGGUGUAUUUGAUUCUCUGAAGGAAAAAAUGUUAUCAACUUAUUCAGAGAGAAUUAAGAGAUUGCAUGACAUGCCCAAGAAGGCGGGGGAGAUUUUCUGGUGGCCAUUCACUCAGCACAAACUUGUACCUGAAGGAGCUGUUACCGUGAUUGAUUCACGAUAUGGUGAGAACUUUGCGGUUUUCAAGGCUCAUAAUAAUGAAUUCAUAACACAACAGUUUGACGCAUGUGCUAGUUGGUGGACUCAAGGACCUGAUGCUACUUUACAGACUGAGCUUGCUAGAGAUAUGGGUUAUGCUGCUGCAAGAUUUGGCCAUGUGAUGUUUCCUGAGAAUGUUUAUGAGCCAGCCUUAGAAUGUGCAGAGCUUUUGCUUGAAGGAGUCGGGAAAGGUUGGGCUUCCCGAGCAUAUUUUUCAGAUAAUGGAUCUACGGCAAUUGAAAUCGCUCUCAAGAUGGCAUUUCGUAAAUUUUCCUUCGAUCAUGGACUUCUUUCAGAUUUUCACAAGGAUAACAUGGCUGGAAGAGGUGUUGAGCUUAUGGUUUUAGCUCUUAGAGGAUCUUAUCAUGGUGAUACUUUGGGGGCUAUGGAAGCACAAGCACCAUCUUCUUAUACAGGCUUCCUCCAGCAACCAUGGUACACUGGAAGAGGCCUUUUUCUGGAUCCUCCCACAGUCUAUAUGUGCAACAGUAUAUGGAAUCUUGCCUUACCUGAAGGAUUUCAUUUCAAGACUUCGAAACUUGAAAAUAUAGCCUUCAAUUCGCGUGAUGAUAUUUUUCAUAAGAGAAGGGAUGGGUCAGAUCUUGCUGAAAUUUAUUCAUCUUAUAUAUCAAAACAAUUAUCACAAUAUUCAGGAUCAGGAAGGUUUAACCAUAUAGGAGCACUGAUUUUGGAACCAGUUAUACAAGGUGCUGGAGGAAUGCAUAUGGUUGAUCCACUUUUCCAGCGGGUACUUGCUAAUGAGUGCCGGCAUAAAAGAAUUCCAGUUAUCUUUGAUGAGGUCUUUACGGGUUUCUGGCGUCUGGGAAAGGAGACUGCAGCAGAACUACUUUGUUGUGCCCCAGAUAUAGCCUGCUUUGGGAAGCUGAUGACUGGUGGGGUUAUACCCUUGGCUACCACACUGGCAACAAAUGCUGUAUUUACCUCAUUCCUUGCAGACUCAAAGCUAAUGGCCCUUUUACAUGGACACUCGUAUUCUGGACAUGCUAUGGGGUGUACGGCAGCUGCUAAAUCCAUAAAAUGGUUCAAAGAUCCGCAGACAAACCUUAAUGUCAAUUCUGGGGGAAGGUCACUUAGAGAGUUAUGGGACGAAGAAUUGGUGGGACAGAUCUCUUCACAUCCUGCAGUUCAAAGAGUUGUUGCCUUGGGAACUCUCUUCGCCCUGGAACUCCGAGCAGAAGGCAGUAAUGCUGGGUACGCAUCGCUAUAUGCGAGCUCUCUUGUUCAGAAACUCCGUGAAGAUGGUGUUUACACGAGGCCCUUGGGUAAUGUCAUAUAUCUCAUGUGUGGGCCCUGCACAUCUCCUGAGAUCUGCAGCCAUUUACUCGUCAAACUUUACAAAGGACUUGAGCAGUUUUACCAAAUCAAGGCGUAUUAAAAAUUCCGAGACUUAUGGGAGUUGAGUCAUUCUUAGCUAUUCUAAAUUCUUCUCUUGCCGUGGAGUUUGGGUGUUUGUUAUAUGUAAAGGCUUCACAAUCAAUAAAUACCUAUUUGUAAGGAACUAUAAUCAUUGACAUUGUCGAAAUUCUUCAUC